AUGGAUUGGGUCAGUCAAUAUAGAAGCCCACCAAAAAGGGGCGAUAAGCCAUCCGGAAAAUCUGCUCCACCACCUCCUGGCUUCAGUGAGCAGUUUUACAAACAAUGGAAAGAAGGCAAGGUCAAGCCGCAAGGGAGAAUAGCGAACAAAAGCUCGGGGCUUGAGAAACUGAAAUACGAAAGAGCGUGGGAUGUGGCAAAAUCACCAUCUAAAAAUAUUCCUAUGAACUUGAUAAUGAUGUAUAUGUCACCCAAUUCGCUUCAACUGAUUCCUAUUGUCAUGGUAUUGAUGCUUUUCGUCAACUCUAUAAAGGAGAUUUUUCAAGUUAAAGAAAAGUUCCGCGAUUUAGAAUUAAACGAUAAUCAGGGAAAGACGCUUUUACAGUUUCUAUAUGUUGCAUGUUGUUGUGGAAACAUGGCCAUUGGCGUUUGGAAGUUGAAUAAGCUGGGCUUGAUUCCAAAUCGGAGCAGUGACUGGCUUAGCUGGGAGUCACUUGAAGUGUAA